GUUGCUAUUAAUGCUCGCUAGUGUGACAAUAUUCAGUUAUUACACUAUCUGGGUGUUUGUAACCGUGAUCAUACAGCCAAUAUACGAACUCAAGUACUUCCCAGAUAGGAAAUGGGCUAUCAGAAUACCAAUAGGGCUGUUGCUGAUGGGAUUGUCGAUUGUUGGAAUAUUUACAAGUUCUGUAUUAAUAAAAGAAAAGAAUAGAAAGAGGGAAUAAAUCAUUUCUUGUUGAUAGUCGGUUGUUGCUGUGACGUAGGCAUUCCCGGCUGCUGUGGCUGUGGCUGACUGUCGUUGUUCCUGCAAGCGACGAUCUUUAUCUUGUUAGCGUUCACCAAAUCACCCUGAUCAACUUUAAACGUUGGAUUCUUUACUAUAAACGUCCAGACUUCGUCACACAAUCUAUAAGUGUGGAGAUGUCCUCUCAUUUGAGUUUUAUUCUUCACUUGGUUUGAUAGUGCGUUCAUCAUAGAUUUAUCGAAUUGCGUGAGUACUUUCAUAGCCAACUCUGGGUUGAUAUGUCCAGAUGUAAUGAGUUCGUCGAGGCUAUCAGUAAGCGCUAUGCCUACACU